AUGAGCAAAAGAACCACUGGGUUUGUCAAUUCCUGCGAAAGGAUCAGACCUGAGAGGUCAAGGAAUCCUUGCUUGCAACGACUAAUGUGGACUUCUACAAAGUCCACUAGUGAUAUCCAGAAAUCUAGGUACUGGGGGUACGACAGUUCAGUGACUGCUGAUGAUCUUCAGGUGACUAAUCCAAGGGUAGCUCUGAGAAGUUCCCAACAAUCAGCAGCAGUGGUGCAGACAAAUUCACCUGGACCAUCUUCUUCUUCUGCACCAACAGAUUCUGUUCUACAGAAGAAUCGGUUUGCGAGAUUGCCAAGCAGACCUACGAUAAAUAUCCAAGCUGGUGAAACUGAAAAUAAGCCAGUAGAUGAUGUUCCUGUUCAACAGCACAGUAAUAGUCGGCUGAAGAAAUUAGGAGAACAUCUUACUGUAAAAAUACCUCCUCCAGAAAAACAUUCUAAGGAAGAAUAUCCAGCGUUGAGGAGUAGCAGUAGUCCGAUUAAUAAUUUUGGGGAGCGUCUUAGUUUGAAGAAAUCCAAUUCUGCUACUUUUAAUAAUGAAGAAUAUCCUGCACUCCGUAGCAGCAAAAGCACCCUGCAAAGUCUCUCCCCCCCGCCAAUGGAGCGUUCCACCAGUCUGCGAAUCCCCAAACCCAAAAACCCCCACUUCAUCCGCGGAGGAAGCGUCGGCUCAAACCUCAGCCCCAGAUCCAGCCCAGGAACUUCAUGGUCUUCAUUGACCAGCUCUUCAGGCCGCGGAAGAAGUCCAAGUCUAAGCCCAAGCCCCAGCGGUUCCUUCAGUUCCAUGAGUUCCAGCUUGUCCAGUCCAGGUCUAGGCCGAACCAGAAAGCUAAGUGAUAUUCCUCUGGUACCAGCUGCAUCAGUCACCGUCAAUGACCAGACCUGCAAAGAAGACAGCUCUCCAGCAGAGCAAUGCUUCAAUUUCUUCACCUUCAGCAUCUUCUGGCCCCCGGCUUUGGGCUUCGAGUACCUGUCCAAGAACAAGCCAGUUAAUGAUAACAUAAACUUGCUAAAGUGGUCGAUCCACGGAUUGUGGCCCAGUUCUUACACCGGAGCUGUUCCCGAAAAUUGCAAGAAGCGGACGUCUGUCUCCUUCAACCGGCACCGGUUCCAGCUAGAAAAAGGACUCAAGACCAGUUUGGAGACCAAGUGGUUCAAUAUUUGUCUUUAUAAGCAGCAUGGCUGUUCUAUGACCAGUUUCUGGGACCGUGAGUUCUCUAAACAUGGUGCCUGUGCUUCGCGCUCUAGUCUCAUUUCUUCCGAUCACCUAUUGCUAAGAUUGUACGAAGGGCGUCAGUACCGCGAGGCAGCAAAUUUAGUAGGAAAACUGCCGCGAUGCACUUUAGCGUUGACACUAACGGACUUUCCCGUGGACUUGGUGAUCGAAACACUUCCUCGAAGUUUGUCACUUCUUGAAGCUUUGUAUUCCCGGCUGCCAGAACUUUGUUUCAGUAAGACCAAUAGCAACACCAACAACAAGAACAAGAACAAUAACAGUAUCAGUAAUAACAGCAAGAACAGUAGUGUAGGCGAAAACAGAAUCAAAGAGGUAGAACAAGAUGAAUUGUCAAGGGCGCUAAGGGUGGAACAGCUUCUCUGGAAAGUGGUUCAUCUUAUUUCCGUCUGUCAGGAUCAACAGAGCAUUAGAAUUUGGGCUAAGCUCCUGACGUACAUCGCCCGGGUCUCACCCAACAGCCUCGAGCUAAUAGUUAACCGAAAGAAAGCUCUAGACGAGACUAUCGAAGGGCUGGGGAAGCAUGGGCCGAUACCCUGCCAAAUUACCAGCGAAGAUAAACGGUUUGGACACCACCAGGAUACCAAACUUUUACCGCUAACAGCUAAAUUGAAAGAUGAACUCGAAACGAGGAUUGACGCCUACAAACUUGCACUGCAUAAGAUUGAUAACUUUGGUAAAGACGCUUCUAGGAGAUCUAAAGGCGAUCCCCAUGGACUGAAAUCGUCGUCACACCAGCGACUGCUGUCAUUGAAAUACAGCGAGGUCCAACAGCGGCUCAUCGAUAAUCAAAGUCUUCUGAAUACCCUGGAGAAGGCCAGCGGGCGAAACUUGGCGGAGCUUUCAGCGGAGCUUGCGGGCAGAGUUGAGCAGGACAAAGAAGCUCUGCGCCAGUGGACAUCUCUGAGGAAAUUCACGGGGGAAAACUCGACAAAGGAGCCAUCUUUAGCGGCAAGACUUCUGCAAUUCUCUCGUGCUUGCGGGAUCGUGGUUGACCUCAUGCGGAGAGCUCCCAUUGGAAACUGGUCUAGUGAGCUUUUUCUGGAGGAGGAAAAGUACGAGGUCACUGAGUCUAGCAGCGCGGGGUAUCACACUGAUGACAGCUGCAGUCCGGAGCCUAAUUGUCCGUAUUACGCGAGCUUGCAGUCGGAAUACGAAAGCAAAGCUUUUACGACACGACAGUUGACGGACAAAUACGCGGGCUUGUAUGCGCAAGCACACUUUCAAACCCUCGACGCCCUGGAUGCUCUCGAGCCGCUGAAGGAAGCUCCAGAUCUCAAGGCCAAGAUUCUCUUCUCUGUUGUCGUUCUUUCCUGGCGAAUCGCUGACAGCAUCCAAUCGGCCCGCAAACUCGAAGCAGUGGAAAUCCUAUCGGGAGCUGAGUCAUCAAUUCCGGAGCUUAAGUUGUCACUGGACAUUGAAGCUUGCAUGCGUCGGCAGCUUGCGACCUUCGGGUACUCAACAGGUACGAGGGAGGUCGCUUCGCGGGUGAUGGACCAGCUCAAAAGGACCCUCUACGACUACCCUUGCAUCGAAAGCUGCCCGGAGCUUGUGACCUACACCCUCGAAAGCGGCCAUCUUGCCUGGGCCUGUCUUUCCCACGAAACUCCUCUGAUCCUCGACACCGUGGAGCCCAGGGGGAGAUUCGAGCCCGUUUUCGAUCGCGAGUUACACUCGAGGCAUCACGGUUCCCCGAAUCCCAAGGGGGCCAGGAUCUCCGGGGUAGUUUGGCCCGGGCUCAGGAUCAAGAGUUUGCAAGGACCUUGUCUUUACCGAGCGGUUGUUCUUACCUCGUGA